AUGGAUCAUCACGUUCGCUCUCUUCUUGAUCACACCACCUCCAUCAAAAUCUUAUUCCGACGGGGAAUCCUAGUUUAUUUCAUCAUCCAUCCUCAUACAAUCCGACAGCGGGUUUUGGCCGACAGCGGUACUCUCGAGACCUUUUCCCGAGGGAUAGGAGACAUCCUUCGAAGUAUACUUCAUAAUAAAAUCCUUAUCCCGGGGGACCGCAGUCGAUAG